CAGGGCUGUCCACGAUGGUGUUCUGUGGGUGCCUACUCGUCUAGGUUAAGCCCCUCAGGAGACAGAGUUCUCAAUUACAUUCAAGUGGAACCUGAAGCUGUAUGGAAUAUUCAAAGACCACCAGACAUAAGGGAAGACACUGUUUUGUACGCCACAAUUCUUCCUCACACAUCUCCUCCAACUAAUCCACAUAUAAGCACAGAUAAAGUCUCACAGUAAAGACAAGACCGAUGAACUUAUUUUUUAUGGUGUGUUUAUGUAUUGCUC